AUGGCGACCAAGCCGGAGUCCGUGGGCCGGAGGCGGAGCGCGAGGACCUCCAAAGAGGCAGCGAGUGCCCCGGAGCCGGCCGUGUCGGAGCCCGGGGGCAGUGCGGGGGGAUCGGUAACUUUCAAGGAUGUGACGAUGGCAUUUACCCAGAAGGAAUGGGAGCAACUAGAUUCUGCUCAGAGGAGCCUGUACAAGGAUGUGAUGCUGGAGACCUAUAGCAACCUCACCUCGAUGGGGUAUCAAGAUGCCAAGCCAGACAUGAUCUCUCAGUUGGAAAAAGGAGAAGCGCCAUGUUUGGGAAAGGGAAAAAGAUCAAGACAAGGUGGUCCGAGUGAAAUAGCAAGACCCAAGCAAAUAGGAGUCAAUAGAAAAGAAGUCCAGCAAGAUGAUGACCAGAUAAAGAGUCACCAGGAAUCUACAAAAAAACUCCUUAAGGACGUUUCAUUCAAGAAAAAAUCUCUAACUAAGAAGAAAGGCCAUGAAUGUGGCUCAUUGGGAAAAAAUGUGAAUACAAAACAAGUUUCUUUAAAGAAAAAGAUUCUUAAAUUCAAUUCACAGGGAAAAAGUUUGAAACAGAAUGUAGACUCUUCAAAAAAGAAACCUGAUGUAGCGAAAGAGCACAGAAAAUCAUCUAGCCAUAGCUUAUCUGAAACAAAGAAAGGCAAAAAUCAAACUGGUAAGAAACAGAAAUUACCCAACAAUAGCUCAUCUAAUAAGUGUGACAAAACACAAACGGAUGAGAAAUUAGUUCAUCAUGGAUCAUCCCAUACUAAAGGGAACAAAAUUAAAACUGGAGAGAAACGUGAAAAAUCAUCCAGCCAUAGCUCAUCUCCUCCUAAGUGUGACACAACGAAAGCUAAAGUGAAACCAUAUGAAUGUAAUCAGUGUGGGAAAGUUCUCAGCCAUAAACAAGGACUCCUAGACCAUCAGAGAAUUCAUACUGGGGAAAAACCAUACGAAUGUGAUGAAUGUGGGAUAGCCUUCAGCCAAAAGUCGCACCUUGCUGUACAUCAGAGAACGCACACAGGAGAAAAACCAUAUGAAUGUAAUCAGUGUGGCAAAGCUCACGGUCAUAAACAUGCCCUCACUGACCAUCUAAGAGUUCAUACCGGGGAAAAGCCUUACAGAUGCACUGCAUGUGGGAAAACCUUUAGACACAGCUCAAAUCUUAUUCAACAUGUGAGAUCUCAUACAGGCGAAAAGCCCUAUGAAUGUAAGGAAUGUGGGAAAUUCUUUAGGUAUAACUCAUCUCUUACUGAACAUAUAAGAACUCAUACAGGUGAGAUACCAUAUGAAUGUAAUAAAUGUGGAAGAGCCUUUAAAUAUAGCUCGUCUCUUACUAAACACAGGAGAAUUCAUACAGGUGAAAAACCCUUUGAAUGUAAAGAAUGUGGAAAAGCUUUCAACAAGAAGUCACACCUAAGUAUACAUCAAAGAACUCAUACUAAGGAGAAACCCUAUAAAUGUGAUGAAUGUGGAAAAGCCUUUGGACAUAGUUCAUCUCUUACUUACCACAUGAGAACACAUACGGGUGAAAGUCCCUUUGAAUGUAAACAAUGUGGGAAGGCCUUCAAACAAAUUGAAGGCCUUACUCAACAUCAGAGAGUUCAUACUGGGGAGAAACCCUACGAAUGUAAUGAAUGUGGGAAAGCCUUUAGUCAAAAGGCACACCUCAUUGUACAUCAGAGAACUCAUACUGGGGAGAAGCCUUAUGAAUGUAAUGAAUGUGGGAAGGCCUUCAAUGCAAAGUCACAACUUGUUAUACAUGAGAGAUCCCACACUGGAGAGAAACCCUAUAAAUGUAAUGAAUGUGGGAAAACCUUCAAACAAAACACAUCCCUUACCAAACAUGUGAAAACUCAUUCAAAAGAGAAAUCUCAUGAGUAA